AAGGAAGGAAAGAGUACUAGUUUUGAAGUUUCACACUUUCCUAUAAGCCGACCUCGACAGUCGCGCUACACUGUUUUUCUCUUCUUUUCGCCGGACUUUCUUCAAGAAUCGCCGGAGUAAUCGUGAGUCGUGACUAAUAUUAGCUCUUAAAUAUAGAUUAAUCAGCUAUACAUCAGUAACAUAACCCUCUUGAGGAUCUCAGCUCGCGCAGAAGAAGGUAACAAAAAGAGAAUCAAUUUCGCUGCUUCUUCCCUUUGAAGAUGGUAUCUAGCGGCGUUGCAACCCUAGCUAAACUGAUCCUCCAGAACUUUGAUUUGAUCCUCGGGCCCAUUGUUAGUCUUGUUUAUCCUCUGUGUGAGUCAGUCAGGGCUAUCGAGACCAAAAGUCCCGAAGAUGAUCAGCAAUGGCUCACCUACUGGAUUCUGUAUUCAAUGAUUACCCUUUUCGAGCUUACAUUUGCCAAAGCCAUUGAAUGGAUCCCAAUCUGGUCAUAUGUGAAACUGAUUGUAACAUGCUGGUUGGUCUUGCCUUACUUUAGCGGUGCCGCAUAUGUGUACGAAAACCUUGUCAGGCCCUACAUUGUGAAACGAGAAGCUAUUAACAUCUGGUAUGUGCCGCGCUUCGGCAAACAAGAGGACAUCCUAACUGCAGCAAGGAAGUACAUUGCAGAACAUGGAACCGCAGAUUUCGAGGAGAUUAUUAACGAGGCCCGAAGAGGAUCAAAGUCCGGGAAGCGGUUAUGAAGAACGACAUUUAUAUAUAUAGAGAGAUAUAUGUGAGUGUGAAUGCAAGUGCAAACUGGUUUGUUGAGGAAUAUAUAUAUAGUAGUUACCCAAUUAACCUUUGUAAAGAAUGUUUCCCCUUUCAACUCUGGCAGUUUAGUGCGUACCCAACUCCAUUAAUCAUAUUUAUCAUUUGGGGUAUGUGCUAAAAAAUGCUUUGUAUGUGACAAAUGUACAUUUGGCAUUUGCAUUCUCCACCCCCCACCACAUUCGUUCCAAGUAGGGUGCCCAAACACGAAUUGCUUCGUACCAAAACCCUAAACCCUAACUGUGAAAAUGCAGUUUGUUUGUAAUCUUUUUUAAAAUAAUAAAAGGCGAUUUUUGGG